AUGGAUCUGCCUCUCUUUGACUUGUGGAAGGACUACUUCAACCUCAGCAAGGUGGUGUUGGCCCUGAUCAAGAGCAGGAGCCAAAGGCUGGAGAUCGAGCAGACUGUGGAGACCAAGGAGACCAAGGAGACCCAGGGGCCCAGCCCAGGGCCCCAGCUGGGGCAACGAGGUCUGGAGCCAGGGACCACCCUGUGCAACUUCUGCAAGCACAAUGGGGAGUCCCGUCAUGUCUACGCCUCACACCAGCUGAAGACGCCGGAGGGUGUGGUGCUGUGUCCCAUCCUGAGGCACUACGUGUGUCCCUUAUGUGGGGCCACUGGUGGCCAGGCUCACACACUCAAGUACUGCCCACUCAAUGGCAACCAGCAAUCCCUCUACCGCCGCAGUGGACGCAACUCAGCUGGCCGAAAGGCCAAGCACUGA